AUGAUGAUUGCGUUACCUUGUUUAUGCCUGAUAACACAGUUGCUUGGCUGUCUUCUUCUCGAGGCAAAUGCCUUUGUCAUUGGCAAUUCCAUUCGAUCCGAUCGAGACGGAAGUAACACGCGUCUAUUUGCUACAGCAGCAUCAGGCCCAAGUACUACUACCAGUAGUAGAAACAGCCGUCCAAGAGAUCUUGACCAGCUCAAGCUGAUUUGCAGUGACGUGGAUGGAGCGCUUAUUCACUACCCCAAGAGUAGUGAUAAUGCUACCGGCGGCAACAAGAAGAAGGACAAUGAUUCCAAUACUAUUUUGGCACUUCCACCCAGCGCGACAGGGAUGAAAGGAAUUAUUUCCUCCCAAACCUUGCAGCAGUGUCGUGAUUUACGACAAGAAGGAGUCAAGUUGGUCCUGGUCAGUGGGAUGCGAACAUCCACCUUACUCAAUCGAUUGCCCUAUCUGCCAAGGGCCGAUGCGUAUGCCACCGAGGCCGGUGGCCGUAUCUUUUAUCCUACUACUACCGCCGAUGAUCCAGACCACUCCUGGACACCCCUGGAAUUUACCGGUGCACUGCCAGACGAUUUGGUACCCUUUGGAUUGGUGGAAGAUGAAACCUGGAGGGAACGAAUCUCCAACGCCGCUGGAAAAGAUGGGUAUGCCGGCAAUGAAGUGUCUUCCGACCGACUUUGCGACGAAGAGGACGACGAUGCCGAAUGUCUUAUUGACUAUGACAAUCCCUAUGGAUUCCCCAAACAACAAGACAUCAUUCCAAUCCAACAACGGAAGGGAGCAUUGUGGGACUUUGCACGACAAUUACAAGACGACUUUGAAAUGGUUCUCGAUACCAAGAGUUAUUCCACUUGUUUUCGUGUCAAUCGCAAACACCAAUUGCAGAAUGACGAUGGACAGGACACAUUCCAAGCACUACUCCAGGGUGAUAUUCCCCUUCCGCCUCAACUUGCAAUUAGCACCAACCUGGGUUGCAUCGAUGUUUAUCCCGUAUCUUCUGGAAAGCGGAACUGUUGUCAGUACCUUGCCGACUCCCUAAACCUCAAGUUGGCAAGAGAAAGCGUCUGUAUCUGCGAUGACGACAAUGACAUUGAAAUGGCAUUGGCCUGUGCACACGCUUAUAUUCCUGCACUGACAUCCGAAAGUGUCGUUCAAUGUAUACACGACAAUCCACACAAGCUGACACAGACAUUUCAACAGGGCCUUGUGGAAGAGACCCUGGCUACAGAAGCGGCGCUCCAAAUGAUUCAAGAAUCUUUAUAA